CUCCUCCACGUGGGCUCCCCUCCCCCCUGCGGUGACCCCCGCUCCCACCGACUGGCCCCGAAACGGUGGCGGCGGUUUGUGGUCGUUGGUCCCAGGCAUUUAGCACCAACAUUUGAAGACCCGAGGGGAACUGCAACCAUGAAUGAAGAAAAUACAGAUGGAACAAAUGGAUGCAGUAAAGUCCGAACUGGUACUCAGAAUGAAGCAGCAUUACUUGCUUUGAUGGAAAAGACUGGAUACAACAUGGUUCAAGAAAAUGGGCAAAGGAAGUUUGGUGGUCCGCCUCCAGGUUGGGAAGGUCCACCUCCACCUAGAGGCUGUGAAGUUUUUGUAGGAAAAAUACCUCGUGAUAUGUAUGAAGAUGAAUUAGUUCCUGUAUUUGAAAGAGCUGGGAAGAUAUAUGAAUUUCGACUUACGAUGGAAUUUAGUGGUGAAAAUCGAGGUUAUGCUUUUGUGAUGUGUACUACAAAAGAAGAAGCCCAGUUAGCCAUCAGAAUUCUUAAUAAUUAUGAGAUUCGACCAGGGAAGUUUAUCGGUGUGUGUGUAAGCUUGGAUAACUGCAGAUUAUUUAUUGGAGUUAUUCUGAAGGAAAAGAAGAAGGAAGAAAUCUUGGAUGAAAUGAAGAAAGUUACAGAAGGAGUUGUAGAUGUCAUUGUUUACCCAAGCGCAACUGAUAAGACCAAAAAUCGCAGUUUUGCGUUUGUUGAGCAUGAAUCUCACAGAGCUACUGCUAUGGCUAGGAGAAAACUAAUUCCAGGAACCUUCAAACUGUAGGGCCAUACCAUUCAGGUAGAUUGGACUGACCCAGAGAAAGAGGUUGAUGAGGAAACCACGCAGAGAGUUAAAGUUCUCUAUGUAUGAAAUGUAAUGAUCUCAACUACAGAGGAAACAAUUAAAGCAGAAUUCAAUAAAUUCAAACCUGGUGCAGUUGAAUGAGUAAAGAAAUGUAGAGAUUAUGCUUUUGUUCACUUUUUCAACCGAGAAGAUGCAGUGGCUGCUAUGUCUGUUAUGAAUGGAAAAUGCAUUGAUGGAGCAAGUAUUGAGGUAACACUGGGAAAACCUGUAAAUAAAGAAAACACUUGGAGACAGCAUCUUAAUGGUCAGAUUAGCCCCAAUUCAGAAAACCUGAUUGUGUUUGCUAACAAAGAAGAGAGCCACCCAAAAACUCUAGGCAUGGUACCAACUCUUCCAGCUUGUCUCAAUGGCCAGCAUGGCCCAAGCCUCCCCGAAAUUGAAAGAUGCGCUUAUCCAUUUUUUCCUGGAACAAAGCUUACUCCAAUUAGUAUGUAUUCUUUAAAAUCCAAUCAUUUCAAUUCUGAAGUAAUGCAUUUGGAUUAUUACUGCAACAAAAAUAAUUGGGCACCACCGGAGUAUUAUUUAUAUUCAACAACAAGUCAAGAUGGGAAAGUACUCUUGGCAUAUAAAAUCGUUAUUCCUGCUAUUGCAAAUGGAUCCCAGAGUUACUUCAUGCCAGACAAACUCUGUACUACGUUGGAAGAUGCAAAGGAACUGGCGGCCCAGCUUACGUUACUUCAUUUGGACAGGGAACACAAUCUCUUCAGCCUGGACCUAUGUAGAAGAAUUUGGAGAAAAUAAACAGGUCCUUUCUGAUGUUGCUUGAGCUUAUUCUCCUGCAGUUGAUCUCAUUCCUGUUGGCUUAAUAUUAAGUCCCAUGACAACACUAAGUUAACAUUCAUUUUUAGCCCUCAUUUAUAGCACCAGGAAAAUAUAGAAAAAACUUUACCUGUGCAUUAGAUGACCUAAUUUCUUCUGUUCCUAGAAACACCGUACAUUUUAUAAGUAAUCACUUCAUAGUCAUUUUCACACCCUUGGCUUACACUACACCAAAGAACAUAGUUGAGUUUUUGGAAAGUACAGGAUUUACAAAUUUGGUCUUUAGUACUCACACACAUCUGUAAACAUUAUAACUAAUGAAGCAAUAAAUUAUUGAUACGUAAAAUGAAUGUUUAUUGUGGAACAGUAAUAUUUCAAAUGUUGGUUUUUAAAGAAAUAAUUUGGUUUAAUUUUUGGAUUUUUCUGUACUGUAAGCUGAUAAUGGUUUCUUGAAGUUUAUUUUUAUAAAGAUGAUUCCUUUUACUGUUUUAUGGUACCAGUAGGAUUCUAAUGUUAAAUUGGUUUAUUGGGUUGUAUAAAUGUUUACAUUAGUAUUU